GAAACAUUCCCGGCGGAAGCCGACUUGUUGCUCGUAGACCUGGCUUUGCAGCGUCUCCGGAGACCCUCGGCGGCGGUUGCUCUCGUGUAACUUGGAUUAAGCUUGCCUUUUCCAGCCACAGACAGUGACAUGGCCCAGAAAAAUACUGAUGAGCAGGUACAAAACCCUAUCCUUUCAAGACUGAGUAGUAUGAAAGCAACAGGAAGACGGAGUUACGCAGCACCCAUAGAACACGCAAAUGCAACACAGGUCUUAAAGUUUAGGCACUCUACAAAGGCUCAGGAGAGGACAAGAAAACGACAGCAGCCUGUAAAACUGGAGCCUCUGCCAGUGCUAAAAGUCUACCAAGACCAUAAGCAGCCAGAAUACAUAUAUGAACAGAAUCGACUUCAGCUAAUCAGUUCUGGAACCCUAAAGACUCCUGCAAUCAGUAAAGAAAGUCAACCUUCUUCCGAAUCAUUUUCUCAAUCUCUUCUGUCUCAAGAUGCUAUGAAACAAAAGCAGAUACGUCAGCUCUCUGUGGAGACGUUCUCUCCCACUCCUCCUAAACUGCCACGCACCGGUAUUGGAAGAAGAGGUCUCUACAAGACCAGUUCUUCGGCUUUCCCUAAGUACACUUUUGAUGACCGCGAAGAAGUCGUUAAAGCCAACAUUCGUGAUCCCUUGCAAAUCAUUAAAAUAAUACGUGAAAAUGAAAAUCUUGGAUUUCUUUAUAUGAUCUCUGCAGUGCCAAAGUCUUCCAUAGAAUAUGAUACAUAUAACCUGAAAAUUGUGAGUUAUGAAAACAUCAAUAAAACGGACUACUACACCAUUAGCCAAAAGGCGGUAACACACACUUUUAAUGAAGAGACUGAAUUUAUCGAACUUGAUCGAUGGGAAAAAGAAUAUCUGUAUCACAGAGAACUCACUAAGAUCCCCAUAUUUUCCCUUUUCCGGAAAUGGAAGGCUUUUAACAUAUGGAGGAAGAAUGUCCGCUCCAAGAAAAUCACUGGCUGUCGAAAAUCUCUACAAAAAAAUUUGUUCAUCGUUAACACUUAUUUGCGGCCAGCUCUUCUUAAAAUAAAUGAAAUGUGUUAUGACUUGAGUUCAAUGGGACUUUGUUAUAUUGAGAAAGGCCACACCUACACCCUCCAGGAAUUUAAGUCCGUGCAACUUAUACGGCUAGGAGAGGUAACAGAGAACCUAGAAGAAUUUCGAUAUGAGGCAAAACACGUGGUCAGGAAGGCUUGUCGAAUUGCUCUGCGCGCUGAAGGAUUCAUUCCUGAUGACUGUGCAUUUGAACCUGAUGCAGAUUAUUCUGCGCUGCCACACAGUGUAAAUUUUGGUGAAGUUCCUUUUGAGUUUCCUGUAUCAGGAGACUCUGAGAAAAUGACCUACACAGAAGAAGCCAGCAAAAGGCAUCAUUGCAUGAGGCUGACAUGCUUUAUCCGUCUGAAUGACUAUCUAAUUGAGAACACAAUGCACGUCCUAACAGUAAAUUCUGCCAACUCACUUUUAAAUUGUCUUACUGACAAGUUAAAGCGAACACCUUCAGCAGAUGUCAUUCAGAAAUGGAUUAGUGAAGAGAAGCCUGAAGUGACUGAUAAAAAGGGGGCCCCUGUGAUGGAAAGGCAAGAAGAUGACGACUCUUUCAUCCCCAUGUUUCUCACCGAAUUGAUUCUGACAGUUCAGUCACUCCUCUUUGAGCCUUCCUUGGAAGACUUUCUGGAUGGCAUUUCAGGUGCUAUUAAUCAUUUUCAAAGCACUGUGUUAUCAGUUCCUAAUCUCGUGCCGGAUCAGUUUUUUGAUGCUUUCACCAGCCCUUACAUUAACAACAAACUCGAAGAAAAAACCUGUGGCUCUGGACCCAGCUUGUCAGCAGUAUUUGAUGAUGAUAAGGAUUUCCACAUGAUUAUCUAUCAAAUAAAGGAAACCAUUCAGGCAGCAUUUCAAUCUGCCAAAUUAUAUGCAGCCACGUUUGAAAAGUUCCAGAUAUUCUUCAAGGAAAAUGAAAGUCUUGACUUACAAGCUCUUAAACUUGAGGAACCAGAUGUUAAGUAUUUUAGUGAACAGCUGGAAAAAUAUCACAAACAGCACAAGGACGCGGUGGCUCUAAGACCCACCAGAAAUGUAGGAUUGCUGCUCAUUGAUACUAAACUGCUAAAAGAAAAACUAAUUCCAUCACCUUUGCGAUGCUUGGAGGUUCUAAAUUUUAUGCUUCCUCGUCAAAGCAAGAAAAAAGUGGAUGCUAUUAUCUCUGAGGCACAAGAUGCAGAGUAUAAACUUGAGUUUAUUCCAACUACCACCAUAGAAUAUGUUAAUAGCUUAGUGUUUCUUGACGAAAUUCAGGAGAGGAUUGAAAGCCUUGAAGAAGAAGCCAAUGUGGUGGUUCAAAUGUACAAGCUUAUCGAUCAGUAUCAGGUUCCCACACCUCCUGAAGACUUUGCUGUUUUCGCAACUAUGAAACCAUCCAUUGUUGCUGUUCAGAAUGCGAUUGAUAAAUCAGUGGGUGAUAGAGAAUCAAGCAUUAAGCAAUUUUGUCUGCAUUUGGGUAGAGAUCUUGAAGAGCUAAGCAAUGAAGUUAAUGAAGUAAAGCUGCAAGCACAGGAUCCACAGAUUUUGGAUAUUUCUGCUGACCCAGAGAAAAUAAAGAUCAUGUUGAAUGACCUGCAAGUAGUUCUAGAUGAUCUUCAAAAGCGUGCAUUUCAGUACAAAUCCUACCAGAAGAAUUUUAAGGUAGAAGUGUCCAAGUUUGAAGCUUUGGAAGAAGUUAGUGCUGAAUUGAAGCUCAAACAAUUGCUCUGGGAUUCUUUCUUUGAAUGGGAUAAACUUCACCAAGAAUGGUUACAGUCCAGAUUUGACUGCCUGGAUCCAGAACAGCUAAACGCUCAGGUUUCUAAAUACACCAGAUUCGUGACUCAGUUGGAAAAAGGCUUGCCACCCAACAAUGUAGUGCCCCUGCUCAAACAUAAGGUGGAAAAAAUGAAAGAAAAGCUUCCAGUUGUCAUUGACUUGAGGAAUCCAACUCUGAAGCCGAGACAUUGGACAGCUCUUGAACAAGCAGUCGAUGCCCCUCUGGUGGACUCGGAAAUUCCAUUAACCUUGGAGAGGCUCUCUGAGUUGCAUGUUUUUGACUUUGCCCAAGAAAUCCAGGACAUUUCUGGACAAGCUUCUGGAGAAGCUUCCUUAGAAAUAAUUCUUAAAAAGGUGGAAGAUUCUUGGAAAACAACUGAAUUUGUCAUUCUGCCUCAUCGUGACACCAAAGAUGUGUUUAUCCUGGGCGGCACAGAUGACAUACAGGUCCUUCUCGAUGACAGCACUGUCAACAUUGCAACAAUCGCCUCGUCCCGCUAUGUGGGUCCACUGAAACCGCGAGUGGAUGAAUGGCAGAAACAACUUGCGCUGUUUAAUCAAACACUGGAAGAGUGGCUGACAUGUCAGAGGAACUGGCUGUACCUGGAGAGCAUCUUCAAUGCCCCCGACAUCCAGAGGCAGCUGCCCGCCGAGGCCAAGAUGUUCCUGCAGGUGGAUAAGUCGUGGAAAGAAAUCAUGAGGAAAGUCAACCGGCUGCCCAAUGCCCUCCGAGCCGCUACCCAACCAGGACUAAUGGAGACUUUUCAAAACAAUAAUGCAUUACUGGACCAAAUUCAGAAGUGUCUAGAGGCCUAUUUAGAAUCAAAAAGAGUUAUUUUUCCAAGAUUUUACUUCUUGUCAAAUGAUGAACUUCUGGAGAUUUUGGCCCAGACACGAAAUCCCCAAGCCGUGCAGCCACACUUAAGGAAAUGCUUCGACUCCAUUUCAAAGCUCGAAUUUGCUCUCCUGCCUCCUGCUGAAGGGAAAAUCCCUGGUAUCGAUGGAGAGCCAGAAAAGGUUUAUACCAAUGAUAUUUUAGCGAUGCUAUCACCAGAGGGAGAAAGGGUCACCCUGGGGAAAGGUCUCAAGGCCCGAGGCAACGUGGAGGAAUGGCUGGGCAAAGUGGAAGAGGCCAUGUCCACAGCUCUCCGUCGCCUGUGCAAGGCUGCCAUCGCCGACUACCAGGGGAAGCAGAGGACAGAUUGGGUGGUCACUGGGCACCCUUCUCAAGUUAUCCUGACCAUUUCGCAAAUCAUUUGGUGCCGCGAUUUGACGGAGUGUUUGGAGACAGAUGAGGGCAAUCGUGUAGAGGCCCUGGAAGCUUUCGAAAAAGUGAACUUUGAGAGGCUAAAUGCCCUGGCUGCACUGGUUCGAGGCAGUCUUCCUAAAUUACACAGAAACAUAAUCACCGCCUUGAUUACCAUUGACGUCCAUGCAAGAGACAUUGUCUCUGAGCUUGUUGAAGCCAAGGUAGAGAAUGUCGAAUCCUUUGACUGGCAGCGACAACUGCGCUACUACUGGGACAUAGACCUGGACAACUGUGUGGCUCGGAUGGCGCUCUCUCAGUAUACGUAUGGCUACGAAUACCUGGGUGCCUGCCCAAGAUUAGUUAUUACGCCUCUCACAGACCGCUGCUACCUUUGCCUCAUGGGGGCUUUGCAGCUCGACCUCGGGGGCGCCCCAGCUGGUCCAGCUGGCACCGGGAAAACCGAGACCACCAAGGACCUGGCGAAAGCUCUCGCCAUCCAGUGUGUGGUCUUUAACUGUUCCGAUGGUUUGGACUACAAGAUGAUGGGGCGCUUCUUCAGUGGUUUGGCGCAAUCGGGGGCCUGGUGCUGCUUUGAUGAAUUUAACAGAAUCGACAUAGAAGUUUUGUCGGUCAUCGCACAGCAACUCAUCACCAUUAGGAACGCCAAAGCUUCCAAGCUCUCCAGAUUCUUGUUUGAGGGACGGGAAAUAAAGCUGGUUAUGACUUGUGCAGCCUUCAUCACAAUGAAUCCUGGAUAUGCAGGCAGAACGGAGCUGCCGGAUAAUCUGAAAGCCCUGUUCAGACCGUUUGCUAUGAUGGUUCCAAAUUAUGCCUUGAUUGCAGAGGUAAUUCUGUAUUCUGAAGGAUUCGAAUCCAGUAAAAUACUAGCAAGAAAAAUGACUCAGAUGUACAAGCUCUGCAGUGAACAGCUCUCUCAGCAGGACCACUACGAUUUUGGCAUGCGAGCUGUGAAGUCUGUGCUGGUCAUGGCUGGGUCUUUAAAAAGAGAGAACCCAAACCUAAGUGAAGAUGUGGUAUUGAUAAGAGCUUUACGAGACUCCAACUUACCAAAAUUCCUUACGGAGGAUGUUCUUUUGUUCAGUGGAAUCAUAUCUGACCUUUUUCCUGGAGUCCAAAUUCCAGAACACGAUUAUGGUAUUUUGCAGUCGACAAUUAUCGAUGUCAUGACCAGACAAAAUCUCCAGCCUGAGAUGUGCAUGGUUAGAAAAGUGAUUCAGUUCUAUGAAACCAUGCUCGUAAGGCACGGGGUUAUGCUGGUCGGACCAACAGGAGGGGGCAAGACCACAGUCUAUCAAGUUCUAGCAGAAGCUUUAGGGAAUUUGCAUAAACUUGGCGCAGACAAUCCCUUUUACAGGCCAGUAAAAACAUUCGUCCUUAAUCCUAAAUCAAUUACCAUGGGUGAAUUAUAUGGUGAAGUGAACAGCAUAACCUUGGAAUGGAAAGACGGUUUGAUGGCACUGAGCGUCCGGGCAGCUGUGAAUGACGCCUCGGAAGACCACAAGUGGAUUGUCAGCGACGGGCCGGUGGAUGCCCUUUGGAUUGAAAAUAUGAACACCGUGCUGGAUGAUAACAAGAUGCUUUGCCUGGCUAACAGCGAGAGGAUCAAACUGACACCCCAAAUCCACAUGCUUUUCGAGGUACAAGAUCUAAGGGUCGCCUCCCCUGCAACCGUCAGUCGAUGUGGAAUGGUGUUUGUGGAUCCCGAAGAACUGAAAUGGAUGCCCUAUGUUCAAACUUGGAUGAACAGUAUCUCUAAAAAACUGAAUGAGGACACACAACAAUAUUUAUUGAACCUUUUCCAACGUUAUGUUGAUGACGGUUUAAAUUUUGUCAGCAAAAAAUGCAGUCAAGCAAUCCCACAAGUAGAUAUCAGCAAAGUUACUACGCUCUGUUGCUUAUUGGAGUCUUUGAUUUUGGAAAAAGAUAAAGUUACUUUGACAAUGGAACAAUCAAAACUGAACAUUGUAUUGUGUCAGACUUUUGUAUUUUGUUAUUUAUGGUCUGUGGGUGGAAAUUUAACAGAAAACUACUGGGAUUCUUUUGAUACAUUUAUUAGAACACAGUUCGAUGACAAUCCUGAUGCCAGGCUUCCCAGUUCUGGCGAUCUGUGGAGCAUCCACAUGGACUUCGACACCAAACGGCUGGACCCCUGGGAGCGCAUCAUCCCCACCUUCAAGUACUGCCGUGAUGUCCCGUUUUUUGAAAUGCUUGUCCCCACCACUGACACGGUGCGCUUUGGGUAUCUAAUGGAGAAGCUGCUGGCCGUCAAGCACUCAGUGCUCUUUACUGGAAUAACCGGAGUUGGCAAGUCUGUCAUUGCAAAAGGAUUGCUAAAUAAAAUUCAAGAAUCAGCUGGCUACGUUCCUGUGUAUUUAAAUUUUUCUGCUCAAACUUCUUCUGCAAGGACGCAAGAGAUCAUUGAGUCAAAACUGGAAAGGAAAAGAAAAAAUAUUCUAGGAGCACCAGGAAACAAACAGGUUGUGAUUUUCGUUGAUGAUUUAAACAUGCCCAGACUGGAUUACUAUGGCUCCCAGCCUCCGAUUGAAUUGCUUCGGCAGUAUCAAGAUUUUGGUGGAUUUUAUGACAGAAGUAAACUCUUUUGGAAAGAGAUACAGGCCUCAGAAGACGUUCUUCUGGGUCCUCCCGCCAGGACGGGCGGAUCGAUUACUCUUCUUGUCGGGUCACCCGGGCGGAUUCCUCCCCCGCAGGAUGUGACCAUCGCCUCGGCGUGCGCCCCUCCGGGCGGCGGCCGCAACCCGGUGACCCCGCGCUUCCUGCGCCACUUCAGCAUGCUGAGCCUCCCGAUGCCGUCCGAGCACAGUCUGAAGCAGAUUUUCCAGGCCAUCUUAAACGGCUUCUUGACCGAUUUCCCAACGGCUGUAAAGCAAACAGUUUCGAACAUUGUAGAAGCCGCAGUUGAGAUUUAUAACAGAAUGAGUGUGGAUCUUCUCCCAACACCAGCCAAGUCACAUUAUGUCUUUAAUUUGAGAGACUUAUCCAAAUGUGUGCAAGGUAUCCUCCAGUGUGAUUCGGGAACAAUAAGAGAAGAGAUGCAGAUGUUUAGACUCUUUUGCCACGAAUGCCAAAGAGUGUUCCAUGAUCGUUUGAUUAAUAACGAGGACAAGCACUAUUUUCAUGUUAUUUUGACAGAAAUGGCCAACAAACAUUUUGGAAUUGCAAUUGACCUGGAAUAUUUUUUGAAUAAGCCCAUCAUUUUUGGAGAUUUUAUUAAGUUUGGAGCAGACAAGACUGAUCGAAUUUAUGAUGAUAUGCCUGAUAUGCAGAAAAUUGCAAAUGUUCUACAGGACUAUCUUGAUGAUUAUAACCUCAUAAAUCCAAAAGAAGUAAAGUUAGUGUUCUUCCAGGAUGCUAUAGAGCAUGUCUCAAGGAUCGCCCGGAUGAUCCGUCAGGAAAGAGGCAACGCCCUGCUUGUGGGAGUGGGGGGCACCGGAAAGCAGUCUCUCACCAGACUCGGAGCACAUAUAUGCGGCUACAAAUGUCUGCAGAUCGAGCUCAGCCGAGGCUAUAACUACGACAGUUUCCAUGAAGACCUGAGGAAGUUGUACAAAAUGGCUGGCGUGGAAGACAAAGAUAUGGUUUUCCUUUUCACAGACACCCAGAUUGUAGUGGAGGAGUUCCUAGAAGAUAUAAAUAACAUCCUGAACUCAGGGGAAGUGCCCAAUUUAUUUGAGAAGGAUGAACUGGAGCAGGUCCUAGCAGCCACUAGACCAAAAGCAAAAGAAAUAGGAAUUUCUGAGGGGAACAGAGACGAGGUGUUUCAGUACUUUAUCAGCAGAGUCCGUCAGAACCUGCACAUUGUCCUCUGCAUGAGCCCCGUUGGGGAGGCCUUUCGAUCCCGAUGUCGGAUGUUUCCAUCCCUCGUGAACUGCUGCACCAUCGACUGGUUCGUCCAGUGGCCCAGAGAAGCACUUCUUUCCGUAUCGAAGACAUUUUUUGCCAAUGUUGAUGCUGGGAGUGAAGAGCUGAAAGAAAAGCUUUCCCUCAUGUGCGUGAAUGUUCACCUGAGCGUCUCCCAGAUGGCAGAGCGCUACUUCGCCGAGCUCCGGAGGCGCUACUACACCACGCCCACCUCCUACCUGGAGCUCAUCAACCUCUACCUGUCCAUGCUGAGUGAAAAGAGGAAGCAGCUAGUGUCAGCACGAGAUCGGGUGAAGAAUGGUCUAACCAAGCUCUUAGAAACGAACAUACUAGUAGACAAAAUGAAAUUAGAUCUUUCGGCUUUAGAACCUGUCCUUUUAGCCAAAUCACAAGAUGUUGAAGCCCUGAUGGAAAAAUUGGCAGUGGAUCAGGAAAGUGCCGAUCAGGUCCGUCUUAUUGUGCAAGAAGAUGAAGCGAUGGCGAAAGUGAAAGCUGAAGAAACCCAAGCGAUAGCUGAUGAUGCUCAGAGAGACCUAGAGGAAGCUCUGCCUGCACUCGACGCUGCCAAUAGAGCCCUGGAUUCCUUGGAUAAAGCAGAUAUAUCCGAAAUCAGAGUUUUUACAAAGCCCCCAGAUAUGGUCAUGACCGUAAUGGAAGCAAUUUCCAUUCUCUUGAAUGCCAAGCCCGAUUGGCCAACAGCAAAGCAACUCCUUGGUGACUCUUACUUUCUAAGAAGGCUCUUAGAAUAUGAUAAGGAAAACAUAAAGCCUCAGAUAUUGGCCAAGCUUCAAAAAUAUAUUAAGAAUCCUGACUUUGUGCCUGAAAAAGUCGAGAAAGUGUCCAAAGCAUGUAAAUCAAUGUGCAUGUGGGUGAGAGCAAUGGAUUUGUACUCUCGAGUAGUCAAAGAAGUCGAACCAAAGAGACAAAAGCUUCGUGCUGCACAGGCUGAACUUGAUAUUACUAUGGCUACCCUGCGAGAAAAGCAAGCAUUACUAAAACAAGUGGAAGAUCAAAUACAGGCCUUACAAGAUGAAUAUGACAGAAGUGUGAAUGAAAAAGAAAGUCUGGCGAAGACUAUGGCCCUGACACAAGCACGCCUUACUCGUGCCGGGAAGCUGACAGCUGCAUUAGGAGAUGAACAAGUUCGAUGGGAAGAAAGCAUCCAGAAAUUUGAGGAGGAGAUAUCGAAUAUCGUUGGGAAUGUGUUCAUAGCAGCAGCUUGUGUGGCCUAUUAUGGGGCUUUUACAGCCCUGUACAGGCAGCUGCUCAUAGAAUGUUGGAUCCAGGAUUGUCAGUUUCUGGAGAUCCCCAUCAAUCCUUCCUUCAGCCUCAUUAAUAUUCUCGGAGAUCCCUAUGAAAUACGGCAGUGGAACGCUGAUGGGCUGCCCCGGGACAUGAUAUCAACAGAAAAUGGCAUUCUGGUGACUCAGGGACGGCGGUGGCCUUUGAUGAUUGAUCCCCAAGAUCAGGCAAACCGUUGGAUAAGGAACAAGGAAAGCAAAAGUGGUUUAAAGAUCAUUAAGCUCACAGAUACUAAUUUCUUACGUACACUUGAGAACUCAAUCCGACUUGGUUUACCUGUCCUACUGGAGGAGCUUAAAGAAACCUUGGAUCCAGCUCUAGAGCCUGUUCUUUUGAAACAGACUUUCUUCAGUGGUGGACGACUUCUCAUUCGCCUUGGAGACUCGGACAUUGAUUACGAUAAAAACUUUAAGUUCUAUAUGACAACCAAAAUGCCAAAUCCCCACUAUCUGCCGGAGGUGUGCAUCAAAGUCACGAUCAUCAACUUCACAGUAACCAAAUCAGGUCUGGAGGACCAGUUACUAAGUGAUGUGGUGCGACUUGAAAAACCCGAGUUGGAAGAACAAAGAAUCGAGCUUAUCGUGAGGAUCAACACUGAUAAAAACCAGUUGAAAGCCAUUGAAGAGAAAAUACUGAAGAUGCUCUUUACCUCUGAAGGAAAUAUUCUGGACAAUGAAGAACUUAUUGAGACACUCCAGGAUUCGAAGAUCACUUCUGGUGCCAUUAAGACCAGGCUAAAGGAGGCGGAGUCCACGGAGCAGAUGAUGAACGUUGCUCGGGAGAAGUACCGCCCGGUGGCCACUCAGGGCUCCGUCAUGUACUUUGUGGUGGCAAGCCUCUCAGAAAUAGAUCCUAUGUAUCAGUACUCGCUAAAAUAUUUUAAACAGUUGUUCAAUGCAACGAUUGAAACUUCCACAAAGACAGACGACCUACGACAGCGCCUGGAAAUACUACUGGAUCAAACUCUUCUGACUGCUUAUGUCAACGUUUCAAGAGGACUUUUUGAACAACAUAAACUCAUCUACAGUUUCAUGCUCUGUGUUGAGAUCAUGCGUCAGCAAGGAGACCUAACUGACGCCGAAUGGAACUUCUUUCUCCGAGGUUCGGCAGGAUUAGAAAAGGAACGCCCUCCUAAGCCUGAAGUUCCCUGGCUUCUUACCACCAUAUGGUUCUCAUGCUGUGACUUAGAAGAAUUGUUUCCAGUUUUUAAAGGACUUACACAGUAUAUAAUACUACAUCCCAUCCCCAUACGCCUAGGAUCUUUUGAGACUUAUAUUAACCCACAGGAAUCAGAAGCCUAUUCUAAACAAAGACAGGAAGAGGACAACACAUCACAGGAAAAGGAGGUCAUGAAACAGGAUUUUUGGUCUCCAGAAUUGAGUUCUUUCCAGAAACUAAUUCUUAUUAAAUGUUGUAAAGAAGAAAAGGUGGUUUUUGCUCUUACAGACUUUGUGAUCCAAAAUCUUGGAAAACAGUUCAUAGAAACGCCACCCGUGGACCUAGCGACUCUCUAUCAAGACAUGUCAUUCAACACCCCCCUGGUAUUCAUCUUGAGCACGGGCUCAGAUCCCAUGGGCGCAUUUCAGAGGUUUGCCCGAGACACUGGGUAUUCCGAACGGGUGCAGUCAAUUUCACUGGGUCAAGGCCAAGGACCCAUUGCUGAAAAAAUGAUCAAAGAUGCAAUGAAAUCAGGAAACUGGGUAUUUUUGCAAAACUGCCAUCUGGCUGUUUCUUGGAUGUUGGCAAUGGAAGAGCUAAUUAAAACCUUCACAGAUCCAAAUGUUGUUAUCAAGGACAGUUUUCGACUUUUUUUAAGUUCGAUGCCUAGUAAUACAUUUCCUGUUACAGUUCUUCAAAAUUCUGUCAAGGUAACCAAUGAGCCUCCAAAAGGCUUACGUGCAAAUAUCAGGCGAGCAUUUACUGAAAUGAGCCCUUCAUUUUUUGAAGAAAAUAUUCUCGGAAGAAAAUGGAGACAAAUAAUAUUUGGCAUUUGUUUCUUCCAUGCAAUUAUUCAGGAGAGAAAAAAGUUCGGCCCACUUGGUUGGAAUAUCUGCUAUGAAUUUAACGACAGUGACAGAGAAUGUGCUUUACUGAACCUCAACCUUUACUGUCAGCAAGGACAGAUCCCCUGGGAUGCCCUGAUUUACAUUACUGGUGAAAUUACAUAUGGCGGUAGAGUGACAGACACAUGGGAUCAAAGAUGCCUCCGUACUGUCUUGAGAAGAUUUUUUUCUCCUGAGACAUUAGAAUCCCAUUAUAAAUAUUCUGAAUCAGGCAUCUAUUUUGCACCCCUGGCUGACAGCCUGCAGGAGUUUAAGAACUACAUUGAAAAUCUGCCCUUGAUAGAUGACCCAGAAAUAUUUGGAAUGCAUGAAAAUGCCAACCUAGCUUACCAGUACAAAGAGACCAACAGUUUAAUCAACACUAUACUUGACGUCCAGCCAAGGUCAUCUUCCGGUGGAGAGGGAAAAAGCAACGAUGAAAUUGUCCAAGAAUUUGUUGCUUCUGUCCAGUCAAGAGUUCCAGAAACGUUACAAAUGGAAGGCGCUUCUGAGAGCCUUUUCCUCAAGGAUCAUCAAGGUCGCCUUAACUCCUUGACCACCGUUCUCGGGCAGGAAGUGGACCGGUUUAACAAUCUGCUGAAGUUAAUACAUACUUCACUACAAACGCUCAACAAAGCCAUUGCUGGAUUGGUGGUGAUGUCUGAAGAAAUGGAGAAGGUGUACCAGAGCUUCCUCAACAACCAGGUGCCCUCCCUGUGGUCCAGGACAGCCUACCCGUCCCUGAAGCCGCUGGGAUCCUGGGUGAAAGACCUCAUGCUCAGGACCGCCUUCGUGGACCUGUGGCUCAAAAGAGGGCAGCCCAAGUCCUACUGGAUCUCUGGUUUCUUCUUUCCUCAAGGAUUUCUAACAGGAACUCUUCAAAACCACGCUCGGAAAUACAACCAGCCAAUAGACGAGCUGGGUUUCAAGUACAUUGUGCUUCCCAUAUAUCGGGAUCAAGCCGCAGUGAUAGAAUCUGCCAAAACAGUGCAGUUUGGACAAGAACUGCCCAUGGACUUGGAGCUGCCAUCUCCCGAGGAUGGCGUUCUCGUUCAUGGGAUGUUCAUGGACGCCUCUCGAUGGGACGAUAAGGAGAUGGUGAUAGAAGAUGCGUUGCCUGGACAGAUGAAUCCAAUGCUGCCUGUGGUGCAUUUUGAGCCUCAACAAAAUUAUGAGCCAAGCCCCGCACUUUACCACUCCCCACUUUAUAAAACAGGGGCCCGGGCAGGGACGCUCUCAACCACAGGUCAUUCAACCAACUUUGUGGUGACCGUCCUCUUACCCUCCAAGCGGCCCAAAGACUACUGGAUUGCCAAGGGGUCGGCUUUGCUCUGCCAGCUGAGUGAAUGAAAAUGAGCCACCCCAGUGCCAGGAAGAACCAGACCAGGGAUUCUGCCUGACUGGGGGAAAGUCUGUGUGAUUUGUGUGGACAUAAAACAGUGUUACUUCUGAUUUAACUUAAAGGGUAGAAAGUAUGGUUUUCAUUUCUCUUAUAACCUAAAAUAAAGUGUUUGAGUUGUUCUUUC